AUGACCAUCGACCUUGCAAGCGGUUAUCCUUCGCCAGCCCUUAUACCAGUCUAUCAACUCCAGCAGGCUGCCAAUACCGCACUCUCAACUCCUUCGAUAUGGAAAGAAGGCCUGAAAUACGGUGCAGAUGCGGGCUACUUCCCACUUCGACACAGCCUUGCUCAAUGGCUUACCGACUUUUAUAAUAAUGAUAAUACAAAGCCAGACGCUGAAAGGAUAUGUGUAACUGGGGGUGCCAGUCAAAAUCUCGCCUGUAUAUUGCAGGUAUAUACGGAUCCAGUGUAUACAAAAAAAAUAUUUAUUAUUGAGCCGGCAUAUUUCUUGUCGUUCCGCGUUUUUGAAGAUGCUGGAUUUGGUGGGAGACUGAAGGGUAUACCGGAAGAUGACCAAGGUAUCGAUUUAGCGAUUCUGGAGCAAAGUUUGAAGAAAGAGGCAGAUGUAUCACUGCCUGGAGGAAGCGUAUCAAAGCCGUUUAAACAGCCACAACCACACAGAAAGCUGUAUAGACAUGUCAUUUACUGUGUCCCUACUUUCUCGAAUCCUUCCGGCAGGGUCAUGAGCCUUAAUAGAAGACGGGAACUUGUUCGUCUCGCUCGAAAGUACGAUGCCCUAAUCGUCGCGGAUGAUGUCUACGAUUUCGUCCACUGGGAAAUAGAGACUAACAAUCUCGCCGAUGUGUCGCCUACCGACGAUUUGACGUCGUCAAUUGAUUCCCAAUCCUCUACUUCCACACCUACUUUUACUCCCCCGUCCUCUUCUACUUCUUCACUCGCGUCUUUACUACCGACAAUGUUUAAAUCAAUUAUGCCUCGUCUCGUCGAUGUCGACAAAAUCUUGGACGGUGGUCCCGUUGACCAAUUCGGAAACUGCGUGAGUAAUGGUAGUUUCAGCAAGAUUGUCGGUCCUGGAUGUCGAGUGGGGUGGGCUGAAGGAAGCCAUGCUUUUGUUUAUGGACUGUCGCAAGUGGGAUCUACCCGUUCUGGUGGAGCUCCAUCUCAGUUAGCAUCAACAUUCAUUAAUGGAAUGCUUGAAAAUGGGUGUAUAACGGAACAUAUCCAAAACAUUUUAGUGCCAGCCUACGCAAGACGCUCCAACAAGCUCUCACGUGCAAUCAAAGAACAUUUAGGUCCGAUUGGUGUGACACUUCCUUCAUGGCCAUCAGGUAUUCCUAAUACCCAAGUUGCCUCAGAGAGCACAUUAAUUGGUGGAGGGUUUUUCAUCUGGCUUCAGCUUCCCUCGCCUUUAAAUUCCAAAGAAGUGGCUGCAGCUGCGCUGCUUGAGGGCCUGAGCAUGGGUCAGGGAACCUCGUCAGCUUUACCAGAUGGCAACGAUGGUUGCGGUCAGUAUGGGAAUAUGUUGCGGUUAUGUUUUGCAUGUGAGGAGGAAGAUUUAUUACUUGAAGCGAUCCUGAUCUUGCACCGGGUGAUAUUGAAGUGUUUAUCAAACGCUAGCACUGUUGUCAGAUAA